CACAGUUGGCAGCUCGGCCCGAGGGGCCACAUCCGGGCUGCGGGUCGGCGCGUGCGGGCGGCGGAGCGCAGCCCCGGGCCCGGCCCGCCAUGGCGUGGGAGAGGCUACCGGGAAGGGGCUGCGGUGCCCUGCACCGCUGUCUGCUCGGCGCUGCUCUGCUGCUCGGCCUGCGGCUCUGCACGGAGCUGCGGCGCGCCGGGGCCCAGCCCCCGGCCCGCAGCGGCCUGCCGGGCCCGGACCCCCGGCCGCCCGAGCCGCUCCUACCGCCCGCGCCGGCCCAGCGGCGGGGUGCCAGCCGGAGGCAGGUGACGUACGUGCGCAGCGGGCGCCGAGCGCCGCCGGGGGGCGGCGGGAGCGGGACGCAGGAGCCGGGCUGCUGCCCUCCGCGCGGGCGUCCCCGCCGUAAGGGUCCCCGGUGGCAUAUAGACCUCCAGCCUUGGGCAGGCCCUGCUCGGUCCCUGGAUGAAGAAGCCUUGAGGUUCCUGAGAUACAUCAGCACCAUCCAGGUUGUGUUUCAGGCACAAAUUGCGUGUGAUCACGUGAGCACAGACAGCCUGGCUACUGACUCCAGCCCUUCAAAAAAGCCCUGGUCUGUCUGUCUUGAUGACAGGUUUGGCUUAGGUCAUCAAAUUCGCAACAAGCAGUGCCGCCUCUAUUCUUUAGGGCUGGGAAGUGAUGAUACCCAUUUUGAGGUCAGCAUGGCCAAUGAUGGAUGUGAAGUGCAUCGUUUUGAUCCUACUGUUAAAUCAGCUCAUAUUCUGGAGAGUGAGCGUUUUUGGUAUCACCGCUUGUCCGUCGACUGGCGGGACUCCCAUCCAGCUGUUGCUGCCCAAAAACCAUAUAGCAACACCAGAAAACUGAGAACCAUUUUGAAUGAAUUUGGGCAUCACAAGAUUGAUGUUCUCAAAGCAGAUCUGGAAAGCGCAGAAUGGAAAGUUUUGGAAAAUCUUAUUCUGGAAGAUGUCUUUGAACAAAUUGGACAGCUCAUCUUUGAGAUCCAUCUCCACUGGCCCGGGUUUGAGGUCAGUGGCAGUGACAGCAGUGUUGUGCGGUUCUGGUACAGCCUCCUCAAAGAGUUAGAACUACAGGAUUUUAGGCUUUUUCACAGUUACAAAGAUUUAUCUAAACCUCAGCUAUUCCUGAAGAAAGAUAUUUUCAAUGCGAGUAGCUGUUAUACUCUGAGUUGGGUGAAUACAAGAUGGAAAUAGGAUGCAGGAGGUCAUCAGCAACUCAAGGAAAUAUUUGCAGCAUGGAUCAUGUCCAUGAUUCUAGUUAUUCUGGUUUACUUGUCCAGUCUCCCACUAGCCUGUGACCUGCUUGAGGCAGGGAUUGUGUUAUUGCCUUUGUAGUACACGUAGCCUGGCAUCUCGCACAUGGCGGGGGAACAGUUAACACUUGCUGAGGGGAUGGACACAGGAGUGCCACGGUAGUCAAUCUCCAUCUGCCCAAACCCAGGCUCUUUGCCUGUCUGCCUCUGACAGAGUGGGGAUGCUUGUCCUCUUUCAUUUCAGCUUGGAAGAUAGUCCCACACUUAUCAAUUAUGUAUCUGUAAUCCAUGAAUUUACCACCAUGAAAAAGAAAUAUCACAUUUCUGUUUUUACUGGGUUGAUGAGAUCCUUAAAUGUGUAGCCUGCUGUUUAAAAUAGGGCCUUUCAUUUGAUGUUAACUCACCUUUUCCUAGGAUUUUCUUGUUCACUGUGUCAAUAACAUUCUUUACAGCCUUGUAGAUUUCAAUUAUUCUUCCUCAGUUUUUGUUGAGGCCAUGCUGUGACUUUAUAAGAACCACUGAUUCUGGUUUCUGGGAACUCAGACACACCAAAUUCUGUAACUGAGUUUAAAAGACUAGAGUAUCAAGUUAUUCAACUCAGGAUUCUUUUCAUGCUCAGCCUUAAAACCCUCUGUUCCUAUGAAACUAAACACAAAGCAGAACUUGGGUGUCUUCAAACCUGAUUUCUCAACCUCCGACUUGCCUAUGGUGUCAAAUUUUUUUUUUUUUUUUGUUAUCUCCAAGAUUAGGUUUUUCCUUGCUGCCAGUUUGCAUUCAUUGUAAGCCUGUGGCCUGAGGGCCAGAGUCUCUCUCUUUCCCGGGACAGAUACAGUGUGUUUUGGUAAUACCAAUCCUUUUUUGUAUAUAUUUUUUAAUUAAGCAGAUAAUGCAUGUUCUCAGUAGUUCAAACAAUCUCUAUCAUUUCUAUUUACAGGAUUAGACAUUUACCCCUACAAAUGAUUUUCAAAAAUCCUAUUUCAAAUAAAUUAAAUAGUAUAAAAAUAAAUCAAAUUAUUACCUUAUUAUAAAUUAAGUACAUCUUCUGGUAUUUUUUAUAUCCCAAGAGAGCAGGAAUACAUACACUGUUCAUUUAAGAAAUUUUGGGAGAGCAUAAAAUACUGAUUACUACUAGACCUCUAUUCCUUCUCCCCAUCGUUUUACCUUCUUCCACCCCAGACAUGCCCUGGGUUGGCUUUCUGCUUUUUGCAGUGGUUUGAAAAUACCAUUCCUCAGGUGAGAAACCAAAAUACAAUAGAGUUAUAUCAUCUUACUAACUUGGGUUCAAAAGGGAAUAAGACUUUCUGAAUUAGUAGUGAUGAUUUUUUAAAAUAUAAAUGAGGUUUUUUAUAUUAAAACUUAUAGUACACUAAUAAAAGUCAUUGAAGUGAGAGGACCAGCUUGAAUAACUUUGAUUUGAAAUAACAGUUUAGUUGCUUUCAGUGUCCCUAGGUAUUUCAAAAGUACAAAAAGUUUAUCAAACUCAAAAGUGGUUUUUACUGUUAGUUUGCAUGGUGUGGCCUCCAAAACAAAGUUAACUUCAGUCCUGUUUGGAUUAUAUCACAGAUUGUCUUUCAUUUUUUAAUAAAAAUUUUAUACACUAAAGUAAACACAGAUCUUUUUAUACAUUAAAAUUUUUAACCCUUCUUAUAUACCAAGGUAUGAAGUAUACUAAUCCUAAGUAUCUAGUUAGUGUGACUAGGUUUUAGAUGUAUUCACACUCAUACCAAGAUUUUUAACUCAUGGGCUUGAAGAUUAAUGGCAUUACUGAAAGCCCCCUUUGUACAGGACAGGUUACCAUUGAUUCCGGAUUGGUGGUGCAGAACAUUGACUUCAUCACACUAUAUAUAUCUGAAGCAAGAAUGGAAGUACUGUUAAGAAAAAAAUAAAGACAAACUCAAAAUAAAUCCCAAACACACCCACCCACACCCACCUACUAGGCAGCCUGUUCAAUUGUUAUUUGUACUUAUUUUAUGAUUUUUUUUCUAAGACUGUCCUUCAUUCCCUUCAUGGAGAGUUUGAAAUUUGUGAUGAAUAUUCUGACUGUUGCUAUGGUUUCCCUGCCUCUAGAAUUAUUAUGUUUAUUGUGUGGGCCAGGGUUUUUUAACCUCAGCGCUAUUGCCAUUUGGGGCUGGAUAAUUCUUUGUUGGGGGAGGGAGGGCCAUUCUGUGCAUUGUAGGAUGUUUAGCAGCAUCCCUGGCCCUCCCCCUAGGUGCCAGGAGCACCACAAAAACAACACAAACAAAAUACAAAAAACAAACAUACAAAAUCAAGAGCUGCUAUUCAUUGAGAGCUUACUAUGUGCCCAGUACUGUGCAUAGAUUAUUCCUAAUUCUCCAAACAGUCCUAUAAGGAAGUGUAAUUUUCCCAAUUAUACAGGUAAGGAAACUCUGAGAGGUUAAAUACCUUAUUCAGAUUGUUCAAAUGGUGAAGCAGGAAUCCAUAUCUCAGACUGCCAGAUCCCAAAGCCCAUGCAGGGCCCCUCCUCCGUCUGCUUCAAUAGCCUUUGACAAACGUAAGGACAUAUUUUUGCCUCCCUAUUAGUAAAUGGGAAGAAAAGCCUACAAAUUUACUAAUACCAGACCUGCUGUUAGAGUUGGGAUCAUUUUUGUAGCAUGCAGGUUUAAUUUAAACAAUCUACUUAAUUAAAAUGUGCCCACCAAAUGGAGGCUUACUGAAAAAAUAUGGGGUCCCAACAGCUUCUCUGUCAAUAUAUUCAGGUUGCCAGGAAAGAUCUUGCAAGUCCUGGAAAUGACCCUUGGCCCUCAUUGGUCCCAAUAUGCCGCACUUUGCUCCUAGAUUUUAGGGAAGGCCCAGUCACUUGGAAGUGUAGUGUAAGUUUCCUUUGUUUCAAACUCGCCUUUGACCUGCAGAUAUAUGAGCUCAGAUGUGAAUAUCUGUGACAUACAUCUCUUAAUUAACUCCUACCAGAGCAGUGCUCAUAAAUGAAUCUGAAGAUAGAAAUUUAAUAAUGCUCUUCUCAAAUGAUUUUAAAAACUGUUCCUUUUUGGAUGAAAGACGUAUGAGGAUGUAAGAGAUUCAGAGGUCAACCUUUUAGCACAAAAGGUUGUGCUAAAUCACAAUUUGAGAUUAAAGUCAAAGAAAAACAAUUUUCCCGUUCUCCCUUUUCUUAGAGUGAUUGUAUUUGACACAGUUAUAAUAGGUUAUCAUAUAAAUAUUUGUAACUAUUUGACAUAGUUCAAAUGAAGUGAGCCAGGAAGAGAUAAACAAACUUAUGUUAGAAUUGACUGAAGGUCCACUAGUAUUUACAUCAGGGUGGAACAAAAGCAAAUUCAUGAAUUUACAGUGUUUAGUCCAAAUCAGUUAUUCAUGUAAGCAUUUCUGCUUUGACUAUAAGAUUUUAGUAUAUAGUAAAUACAGUACAAGAUUUGCAUUUCCUAAGUUUUACAUGUUUGGAUUUUGCAAAGCUUGAAUUAAUACCAGGGAGCCAGCCUCGUCGUCAUAUUUCUCCAGAUGAAAAAUGAAGGCCUCAUUUAAACAGAUUAUUCUACUUGACUAUACAAUGGUAGGUACCUACAAGCUCAAUUACGUAAUAUAAUUCUUUUCUUUUGGAGAUAAACUUAUUUUGCCUUUUAAGCAAUAACAUAAUUCUUUUUUGUACUAGCCAAUUGCUGGUUCUUUGUGAAUUCAGUGCAUUUAAUUGUAUGCUAAAAUAUGUUCCUUUUUCUUACAUUUAAAGAGGUAUUUGAACUUUACUUAUCACAUGAAAUCGUAAUCCAAAGAUUCAAGGUAUUCUUAAACUGCUUAAAUUUAGAAAUUCUAUAAUUUUAUUGUAUUUCUGUCCUUAAGAAAAGUAAAUCAAGCAAGCUUAAUAUUGUCACACUUUAUAUUUAGCGCUGUAUGGAGAAAUGCUAGUCCCCAACACUUGUUAAAACUAAUUGCUGUGUAAAACUAGCAAUUUAUAUUCUCAUAUAAAAUAUUAUAAGUUUUUCUUAGUGAUUGGUUUUAUGCAAUAAGAUUGUCUGAAGUAAUAAGGGUUUUUUUUCCUGUUAAGUUUGGAUUCUAAUCUAGACUAUUUUAAUAUAGAAACUCAGUAUAUAUAGGACAGAUAUGCAAUCAGUAUGUACCAGGGAGCAGAGUUGGUGAAUGACUGUGGUCCUCAGUCCUCCAGAGGUUCUCCUCCACUGCAUUGCCUCCCACAAGACCCCCAGACCGCCCCAAGAUCAAGCAAUUAAUGCACAGCACAAUAGGCAUCCUCCAGGACCCUGCACCAUCCCUGUGUUUAGGUUCUAUUCUAACUGCUCUAUGUCAUGCAUUACCAGUCAUUGGAUAUUUUGACAUCGCCCCUAGGUGGGUAUAUAUAAUAACCAAAAGUCCAAGUGGGUUCCAUAACAUUAUUGAGAAACCACAAUUAUGUAUCAAUAAAAAUAAGCUAUUAGUUAUCUGUACAAGAAAGUAUUAUUUCUCAAGGAUUGGUGUCAGAUCAAACAUCGUUUUCUCAGGGACUCCCAUAUUGAAGGCCCCCAGCUAUGUCUCCUUACAAUGCCUUCUAUUCUCCCCCGCUUCACGCUCCUUUUACUUUAAUGGAUCUGCUUGUGUAAUGGCUUUCCCAGCAGACUGUAAGCUCCAUGAGGGUAGACACCAUGUCAGUAUUCCCAGUGCCUACCAUGGAGCCUGCUAGGUUAAAGGUGCUCCAUAAAUAUUGUUGAAUAUGAAUAUAAAGAAAGCUAUUUCACAAAGGAUUUUUCAGUGAAAUUAUUUCAUCAUCAUUUGUUAUUGACUUUUUUUCUGGUAUUAAAAAUGUCUUUGGAAUUUAGAUGGACCAAUAUUUCUCAUUUUGGUUAAUUUAAUUUUAGGCACAAUUUGUCCUUUUCUUGACAUGGUGGUUUAUUGCACUGCGUGCAAUAGUCCUCAUUCCUGAUUAAAGGAUGCUAACCUGAAGAUCUUUCUUGACCUCAGGGACUUGAGAGCUAUAUAAUAAUUGAAUCGAAUAAAUACAAUAAUAAUUAAAGGCUCAAGUAUUGGUAGAAGGUACCCUAGGAUAUAAAACCUCAAUCUUCCUUUCUCAUUCCUCAUUGUCCUUUUUUUUUUUUUUUAACCAAUUCCCAGAAAACACACUUUUUAGAGUCAGUGUAUUUGGUCACAACUCACAGUAGCAUGGAGAAUAUUUUUCAGUUUAUGAGAGAAAGAAGGUAUGAUGUAAAGGACAGGGGCUGGUAUUUCUACAAAAAUGAUUAAAAUCACAUUGUUUUUCUAGGACAAAAAAAUUUAAGGUAGUUGUUCAAAGAGUACAAACAAGGUGAGAGCGGGUAUUAUGUUCUCCAGGAUAUUUGAAGUCUGACCAAGAAAAGUCCUUUCGGGCAGUUACCAUUAAGUCUAACUCUCAAGGAAGAGGCUAUGAGAAUCUCUUUAGCUAUAGGUUCUGUUUUACUAAAAGAUGAAAUAAAUACAGUCUUUAAAACUACCUCAGUGAAAGCAAGCUGGAAGCCACAAAGAUUACAACACAAAUCUGACAGUUUUAAAAAUACAUACUUAAGUUGGCAGUAUGUAGAAGAGAAAGGAUAGCAGGAUGAAGGGAGAAAGAUUCUGACCCAGCUGCUAACCAGCUGCGUGAUACCAAGCAAUUCAUCACCCUCAUCGGCCUAUUUUCUUAUUCUAGGUUGGAAUAUUUGAUUUCUAAGGUUUCUUCUAGCUUGAAAAUCUCAUUAUUCUAGCAUUUUAUGAUUAGAGAAGGCUUAGACAGUGGUUAGGUAAUUUCUUGAUUUGUGUGCUAUAAAGUCUUAGGAUAAAUUCAGGAGAAUCCAAAUGAUACGUUUAUUCAGAAGAAAAGCCCCAGAUAAAAGAUGAAUCCAUUAUGAUGCCUCUCCAGUCGAGUGAAGUGCCCUUAGGUAAAGUACCUUUUUAGGAUAACACACUUAAACUCACAAGGUUCUAAAAAUCAGAAUGUUUCAGACUGCACUUGUUUACACUUCUGUGUUUUUAGACUAUCCUAACAAAGUGGCAAUAUCCAAAGAUACUAGAUUAAGUAUAUAUCUUUAUGGUGAUCCUUCUGUAUGUAUAUGUGUGAAUAUAUAUGUAUGCAUUUAUCUAUGUAUGUAUGUGUAUGUGUUUAUGUACAUAUAUGAAUGCCCAAGAAAGAAAAAUCUUCAGGCACAAAAAGCCCGGGGGACCCUAGAACCAGAGAGGUAGAGCAGGAAUCUACACUGCAGUGGUCCUAGUUCGGUAUACCAGUGAUGGCCAGUGGCCUAGAGCAUUAGAGAUAAGGCCUGCUAUGUUGGGGGAAAGGAUUGGAACUGAGUGAGAUACUUGAAGCAGUGGGACCCUUGGAGGGCUACAAUCUCGAUGGAAGAGGGUUCUAAAAACUACCCCUAUCCCCCUUCCUCCGAGCACAAGGAAGUCUACCCUUGCUAUAGCUCUGGAGAAAAUCAAAUUUUCUCAUGAGAAUUUGAAAACUUCAGCCUGUUUAAAGAGUUGAAUCCAUAGUCACGUGGUUAAGAAAUCCAUAAGCUGAAAAAUUUAGAUAUAAAACUGGUUCUAGGGGGUGAUGUCUCAGGGGUGCAUGGCAGAAGCAAAUGUAAAACCACUCAAAGGGACCCUUCAGCUUGGACUACGAAGUAUUUCCUCCAAAAAACAAGACCCACGUAAGAUGAACUCCUAAUAAAAAAUUACAACUGACAAGGAAAUGGCCCACCAUGAGAUAGAGUUAACAGACACAUUAUACACUGGGAUUUUCAGUCCAAGAAUUUGCGAUAACAGAAUAACAAUCUUAAAGAAAGUAUAAUAUAAAUUAUUAGAUGUGAUUAAAGGCAUAAAAGACUAUAUAGAAACCAUAAAAAAUAAGACAUGAAGAACAGGUAGAUAUAAAAAAGUACAAAUAGACCUACCACAAAGGAAAAAUAGUCACUGGAAUGAGUUUAAUGAAUUAAACAGAUUAGACACAGCUGAAGAGACUGUAAAAGUGAACUGGAAGAUAAACCUGAGGAAACUGUCCAAAAUGUAGUACAGAAAAAUAUGAACAUUUAUAUUGUUUAAAUAAGACAUCUUAUGAGUAGUUUUGAACCUUAAAAUGUCUUUCAGAAGAUGAAGCAGUAAAGCUGGGUAUUUGAGCCACUGUGUGUAAAAAGUGGUACUAGAAUUGUAUGGACAGUAUGGUAACCAGCAGCCACAUGUUGCUACUGAGCACCUAGCAUGUGGCUAGUAUGACUGAGGAGAUGAAUUUUAAAUUCUAUUUACUUUUAAUUAAGUUAAAAACUUAUACUUGAUUCAAUUAUUAGAAAACUCUUAGUAGGUCUGUUUGGAACAACUUAGGCAUGUAAAUCUACUUUGUGUGAAACAGAUAAAAUAUUUGAUGAAAAUUUAGUGUCUGCAUUGAGAUGUGCUGUUAAGUGUAAAAUACACACCAGAUCUGACUUAGUAUGAGAAAAGUAAAAUAUUAAUUUAAAAAAUAAUUGAAUGUUGAAAGAAUAUUUUGGAUCAUAUAUUAUUUAUAUUAAUAUCCCCUUUUUAAUGUGGCCAUUAGAAAAUUAAAAAUUAUAUAUAUGGCUCAUGUAUUUCUGUUAGUGCUAUACUAGAACACAUACUUAAAUACAAAAUGUUUGAGAUUUGAGUUAGUCCCUCAGAUCUCAAAAAUGCUGAAGGUUGGAGAGUAGGAUGUGGGGAGCUAAAAAAUCAUCUGAAGACAGUUAUUGCAGUUAUAGGAAGCUGUAAAAGCAAAGGAGUUAUCACUUUGUCACUAAAAAUAAAGCCGCUCUAAGGACUCUGGCUGCAAGUUGUGACUUAAGUUUCAGAUAAAAUUUCAGUGUUUAAAAAAAAAAAAAAAAAAAAAAUUUCAGUGUUUAGAUUGAGAAAAUUGUUUCUACAAUUAUUAAAGUGACUUUGAACAUGGAAGGUGUACAUAUAAACAUGUAAAAUGUAUAUCAUAUUCACAUACAUGCAUGUAAAUACAUGCACACACAUACACACACGUGUACAUAUUUUUGGUUAGCUAAAUUUCUCUGAGUUUACACACUCUAAACAGUGUAGCUUCUGAAAUACUCAAGAUAAACUCAGACUCCACUAAUUCUCAUUCUUCGUGUGCAUAUCAUCUGGGGAACUUACUAAAAGUGCUGACUUUGAACCAGGGAAUGAAUAUAUAGUAUUUGUAAAAUUGCAGUCUUUUGCUAGUUCAUUCACUUUAUUUACCCACUGAUCAAAUAAAUAUUUGAUAACAUGAAUUUUGAACCAGCUGCUAAGAUGGAAUCUUCUUUCCCCUGGAUCUUCUCUUCUUCUUCUUAGGUCCCUUAGUAAUUGCCUUGUUUACACUGUAUUUCAUCAGUUAUUUCAUGAUCCAUUAAGAAAGAAUGCCACCAAUUAAACUAUGACACAUCAUUGAUUUUAAGACAUAGCCCUAUUUCAGAGAUGUUAAAAAUGUGAAAAACCUGCAUCUUUGAUGAAAUAUAGCAUGUGUUCCCUAGGUCUCACUUUGAGACCCAAAGUUAAUACUGCUGAUGGAUAUUUUGGCCUGGAUGGCACUUCACACUUCCCUUCUCCAUACCUGAAUUCAUUAUGGUUUCCUUAACCAACCACUACUUUCUUCUGAAUUCUGUAUCUCAGUAAGUGACACCAUCUCCAGGUGGUUCUCAGUCUACACUCUGAGAAACAGUAUUCUUCAAGUAGAGUCUCUAUAAUUGUUGCUAGUGUUACAAUUCUUACAGCUACCAUCCAAGGGUUUGCUAUUUCAUUGUCCAUGUUUUCUUCCAGGUAAUUAAUAAACAUGCUAAGGACAUCAACCAGCCUCACAAUGUAUCCUCAAAAAUCACUCUGUACUGUUCUACUUAGAGAAGUGCCUGUUUGAGGCUACGCCCUGUUCCUUAUCUUAAAACGGGCUCCCUAUUUAGGACAACAUAUUCUCAGCCUGUGCUUCAGUAUUGAAAUAUUCAUUAAACCUUCACUAAAGCAUCACUUUUAUUCUAACUUUUAGGAAGGAAAUCUGUCCUGGGUAUGACAAAAGGGUUGCAGUGAGGAAAAGGAGCCAGAUGGUAACCACUUAAUUCCAGUCAUAACAUCAUCUGUAAACUUUCUUAUGCUGGAAAAGACCCCAUUCAUUUGUAUACUCUAAAAUGGAUGCAAUCAUGACUCAGUGGCACCAAGUGAAUAAAUAUGGACUGUGUUAAACUUAAUCUAUGUGCUCUGAGGACACUGCCCUGU